CAUAUUGCUUACAGGAGCAAAUUCUGGAAAAGCUUGAAGAGUGGAAAGGAUUUAAAAUUGAUUCAAAUUUCCACGACUCGACCUAAGCGAACUACAUAGGAUAAGAUGGAGCCGUCAGCUAGUCCGGCCAAGGAUAACUACAGGAUGAACCGCUACAAGAACAAAGCACUGAACCCAGAGGAGAUGAGGCGCCGGAGAGAGGAAGAGGGCAUCCAACUCAGAAAACAGAAACGAGAACAACAGAUUUUCAAGAGGAGGAACGUGGACAUUCUCAAUGAAGAGGAGGCCAUGUUUGAGAGUCCACUGGUGGACUCCUACCUCGGCUCUCCAGUAACAGAAGGAGUAAUUACCAGAGAAAUGGUUGAGAUGCUUUUCUCAGAGGACCAGGAGCUUCAGCUCGCCACAACACAGAAGUUCAGAAAACUACUUUCCAAAGAGCCAAAUCCACCGAUUGAUGAAGUUAUAAACACACCUGGAGUAGUUGAGAAGUUUGUGGAGUUCCUAAAGAAGAGUGUCAACUGCACAUUACAGUUUGAAGCGGCCUGGGCACUUACCAACAUCGCAUCAGGCACAUCCUUACAGACGAAGACGGUGAUUGAGGCCGGAGCAGUGCCAAUCUUCAUAGAACUACUCAACUCCGAUUUUGAGGACGUCCAAGAACAGGCUGUGUGGGCCUUGGGUAAUAUUGCCGGGGACAGUGCAGUUUGCAGGGACUAUGUGCUGAACUGUAAUAUCCUUCCACCACUGUUAAUGCUUCUGACCAAAUCCACAAGAUUGACAAUGACAAGGAAUGCGGUCUGGGCUCUUUCUAAUCUCUGCAGAGGAAAAAACCCUCCCCCUGCUUUUGAAAAGGUGUCACCCUGUCUGCCAGUACUGUCCAGGCUUUUAUUUAGCAGUGACCCAGACUUGCUGGCAGAUGCCUGCUGGGCACUUUCCUACCUCUCAGAUGGCCCCAAUGAUAAGAUCCAGGCUGUCAUCGACUCCGGCGUCUGCAGGCGUCUUGUAGAACUACUCAUGCACACUGACUAUAAGGUGGCCUCCCCUGCCUUGAGAGCUGUAGGAAACAUUGUCACUGGAGAUGAUAUCCAAACACAGGUGGUGUUGAACUGCUCAGCCCUGCCCUGUCUGCUGCACCUUCUCAGCAGUGCGAAAGAGUCUAUUCGCAAAGAGGCAUGCUGGACCAUCUCGAACAUUACCGCAGGAAACAGAGCGCAGAUACAGACGGUAAUUGAUGCCAACAUCUUCCCAGUGCUGAUCGACAUUCUACAGAAAGCCGAGUUCAGAACCAGGAAAGAGGCGGCAUGGGCCAUCACCAACGCCACGUCUGGAGGAACACCAGAGCAGAUCAGGUACCUGGUGAACCUGGGCUGCAUUAAGCCGCUGUGUGAUCUGCUGACAGUGAUGGACUCUAAGAUCGUUCAGGUGGCUCUCAACGGGCUGGAGAACAUCCUGAGGCUGGGAGAGCAAGAAGCCAAGCAGGAGAACAGCGGCACUGGAGUCAACCCUUACUGCAGCCUCAUUGAAGAAGCCUACGGUCUGGACAAGAUCGAGUUCCUUCAGAGUCACGACAACCAUGAGAUCUACCAGAAGGCCUUCGACCUGAUUGAGCACUAUUUCGGGGUGGAGGACGAGGACAGCAGUCUUGCCCCUCAGGUGGACCAGGCCAACCAGCAGUUCCUUUUCCCCCAGCAGGAGGCCCCCAUGGAGGGCUUUCAGCUAUAGAUAUCCUCUAAAAUACACCUUGUACCCCCUCCAUGCCUCUAUGUCUCAUUGAGGACCCAUAGAUUGAGUUUUGCCUCCAAGCAUCCUUCCCUGAUCUGCCCCUACCCGCCUCCACCUCCACUGUCCCCUUAACCACACACCUGCACACACACCCCUUCCCCUUGGAGGAAAACUAAUACCGUCUCGCUCUCCAGCCUAGAAAUGUCCCCCACUCAUCAAGCAGCGGACCGACUUCUUCUCGCAGGGUAGACUCGCUUGUUACCCGACCAAUUGGGGAAGCACACCACUCAAACUCCAUUACACUUAGAUGAGGAAGCGAUCACCUCAUUGCCUAAAGUGUGAGUCUGCCCUGGCUUAAAGCGCACACGCAGAAAUCUUCCUGCCAUCUGAUAGCUCUUAGAUUAUCUCAUUGGCGGCAACAAUGGCUUCUUGAUUCAUAUCUUUAUAUACAAUAAAAGAAAAAAGAUUCUAUGGGACAUUCCUAUUUUCAGGACGACCCAUGCAUCCUCAUGCAAAGUCUGCAAGCUGGGGGUGCAUGAGGUGAAAUACGCCCAGCUAAUGAUGUCAGUCUGACUUAGUGCAAUUCAAAAAGUACUUGUAACAUUAUCCCUUUUCAGUUUAAUGAUUCAUUCAUUUUACCCCAACCCUUAUUUAUGUGCUCCUUAUUAGUGCUUGUGAUUAUUUUUCCUAAGACUGGCGUCUGCAUAUCUGCAAAUGGGAAAGGAAUCAUAUCUGUAUGGGACAGACCAUUCUUUUUAUGGGAGGUGGGGUUUGUCCACCCCAAAUUGAGGGCUUCCGACUGCCCUGAUUCUGAUGCCCAAGCUAAAAAAUUUGGGGGGGUGGGGGGUUCUCACUCGUUUAUCACCUUUUCUUCAAAUGGGACAAAUUUCUGGGGGUUUUGGUUUGAGGUGGGGGAAAAGACAUUUAAGAAUUUAGACAUAUAUAUUCCUAGGGAGGGUUCUGAAGAAGAUAUUGGAAUUGGAAUCAGGUUAUUUCUUCGGAUGAUAUGUUUGAAAAAAGAAAAUCCAGGUUUCGAGGGUGGUAUAGUUAGAGAUCCGAUGUUCGUUGUGUGGUGUGUUAUUAAUAACAAUACAUUUGAAUUAUGAAGUGAUUUAACUAUUAAUCGAGGCAUAGCUGGGAUGUCAGGGGGACGAGCCAGCGGCAACAACAACAGCAGCAGCAGCAACAAACCAAACUUAUUUUUAUAUUUUAAAAAAUUCAGCGGAUUGCAGGUGUUUGAAGUAGGGUGACCGAGAUGUCGCAGAAAUUUAAGAGGACAUAUUUUUAGUCUUUACUCUCUGACUCUGUUGAAGCCCCAGCGUGAAGUGGCGGCUGCUCGUCGGCUUGGCUCCGUGCUCCCCCUCCCUUCCCAGUCGUAUGUGUUAGGGUUUUUGCAUGGUGUUAUAUUACCCUGCCUACAGUCACUGAGUAUCCCUGGCCAAACACAGACAGUUGGCACAGAGAGAUGGAGAACAGUGAGAACAAACACUGUGAGACAUUGCUGUACACUGCUUAGCGUUCCUCGUCGACGGCGUUUGCAACGAAAAAGUGGGAACUGGUCCACAACUAAUUGGUUUGGUGGUGUUAAUAGUGAUAGUGUAGUGAAGGUGGUGGAGUUUCUCAUAGCGGUAGAGUCGAUAUGUAACCUAUGGCGUUCUAUAUCACCAUAUUUUUGAGGAAUAGGAAUGACAACUGAUAAGAUAAUGAUUUUGCAUGGGUCCUUUGUGAUAUGUAUACGGUCUUGAUGUAAAUAGCCUGUCCUCUGCCUGGCUAGGAGAGUCUAUGCCGCUUCUUUGUCCCAUCGUGGGUGUAACAACAAGCAAAGUUUGGCUGGGGAUAUAUCUCAGAUCAGUGACGAGCCUAACUGCAACAAAAAAACAAUUCAAGUAUAUCUAUAUAUUUGAAUUUUGAUGUAUUUGCAUUAUAUAUAUACAUAUAUAUUUGCGCACACUUCAUGUACACUUGCAUACAACACCAGCAGACACUGUACACACAUCUCACACAGAUGAGUGGCUAGGAACAAGGGAAAUAGUUUCCAUAAGGAUUUUUUUUUUUUUAUUAUGUUGAAUUUUCUCUAAAGUGUGAGAUCUGCCAUUUGGCUUUUUUUGUUUCAGAGCACACAGCAUUUUCUUUAUGUGUAAAAAUAUGUUUCCGUUGGUUUCCGUUUAAAUUUAAAUUGAGAUUGUUUUCAGUCUUAGUCGAGACAACGAAGAGACACACGCUGUGAAGCCUCAUGGAAACUCUUGAGUUGUUUCUAGCCACAUGACUAAUGAUGGUUUAUAUCAGUCCUGUAAACUCUGACCUGAGAUCAGCGAGGCCCUUUUGACAGAAGCCGAUCUCGGGUCAGAGUUUUAGGCUUUGUGGAUGGAGCAGAACUGUGAUUGUGUGAUGUUUGACUGACAGGCACUGUGUGAGGAAGAGGUAGAUUAACUCUUUGACUAUGUCCCCAUCAGAGUCUGGGAGCCUCUGUUCUGUGGAUCACAGGAGACAUUUUAUCAUGGAGCAAUCUACACACUUACUAAAUGAUCUCUUCUGUUCAAAGGAUGUUCCACUUCCGUGGUAGAGCCUCUUUUUUAGGAUUCACUGUCUUAUCUUUUCACCUUAGGGGUUGGUUUCGGUAUUACAUUUUCACAAUUUCCAAUGUCAAUGCAGAAUAUCAUAGUGUCAUAGUGCUGCUGUUACCCACAGUGGUUCAUUGACAGACCACAGAUCAUACAUUUGAGUGUCCGUUGUUGCUUUGUGACUGAAGAUGUGGUCCACAGAACAUUUGAGCUCCCAGCAGACAGAAGAGGUCAAAUGUAAAAUUGAGCAUCAAGAACAUACCUCUACAUGAAGGAUAUGUGGAGCAUCAUUGAUAACGGAAGUCUUCCAUUUAAUGGACAAUUUUGUGCUCCUCUUACGAAUAACGCCAGAAUCGAGAUGUUUAACAAAAAUCAGUGCAUCAAUCAGGAAAAAUAUUAUAUAUUUCUGAAAAAUGAAAAUGCACUCCUAUUCACAAAAGUGCCAACCUGACCAACAAAGACUGGAGGUUCUUAUGUAUCUGUCUUUGACUUAAAGAUUUAUUUUCCUUUAUAUCUUUUAUUUACUUGAAUGUGCACACGUUUUGUGCAAAACAUUGCUGCUCUAUUUUUCCUUAUCUUUAAAGUUACAUUAUUAGCCAUUGUUUCUUUGGAAAGGUGGCAUUCUUUACUGUGGGCACCUAAAAAACAAAAAAAGGAAUAAAGGAAGUGUAAAUGUCAAGGCGAGGGGGGGCGAGGACUUGAGAAACUGCAUAACACUGGUCUUUCCCGGACUUGUCCGUUGGUGUGAUGGUUCCCAUGCUUAACGUCUUUAAAAGAUUUUCACUGUGCAACGCGACGCUGCAAAUGUUUGUCGAAUUGAAUCAUUAAUUUCCUGUGGUGGAAUCAGUGGAGAACAAUGUUAAGCUUAUCUUUAGGUGGCAGCCUGCAGCCAGUCCCUCUUUGUGUUCAAAGUCUGCCAUGACAGAAAUAUUGUAGAACUUCAAUUUGGCCCAUGAUACAAAUUAUGAAAAACGAAAGUGACUAUCACAGCAGACGAAUGCAGGUACUGCCCUUAUUGUCAAACUUAGUUUACACAAGUCUUGUCCCCCUGAAGGCUGGUUUAAAUUAUUGACUCGCUGUUUUUGUUUUCAGUAGUUGAUGUGAUUGGCUUGUGUUGACCCAGUCAGUAUGACUGAGAGAUUGCUCCAGGCCAUUAAAAAAUUGCUUCUUUUAAUUAGAAGUCCCACUUUUCUCGCUUUUCUUUUUCUCUCAAGUUCAAGUACUGUUUAGGGAGCCAGACAAUUCUGCAACAAAUAAUCCAGACGACUGCAACAAUUAUUGUCUGCGAAUCCGGCGCCCCAGAGGCAAAGAUCCACCUACAAAUUGCUCACACAGGUGACACUCCUUCCAUUGGGUGGAGCUAAAAGAGGCGACUACUUGACAUUUUUCUAAGAUAAAAUCUGGGAUUCAGAAAUUGUGCAGUGAUUUACAUUAAAAAGUAUUAUAAGUUAAACUAUAUGUAUGUUCUGAUACAUUGACAGGGAUUCAGAUGCAAUUCUAAUCACUUCUGAGAAGUGGAGGGAAAAAAAGUCUCAUUAGAACAUUUCACAGGAGAGAAAAAAAAUAGGAAGUGAGGAUACAAGCCUUUCUGCGUUACUUGAUCUUUUUCUUGAUCAGGAUAUUCUGGGCUAUAUUUUUGAAUAACUGUUUAGAGUAAAAGUUUUGUUCUUGUCGGGCUGCAUGAUCAGGAACCUUGUCUAUGGGGGAUUGAACAGACAUCACUAAAUAUCUCAAACCUGACUUGUCUUCCGUCCUAGAAGGUGUUCAUGUCUACAUUAAAAUCUAAAGCCAUGCUUGGCUUGUUCAAGUAAUGUCUACGCUACAAAUGUUUACAAUGCUGCAUGUUUGUUAAAAAAAAAAAGAAGAAAAAAAUACUUUUCAUAUGCCAUCACUGACCAGUCCUGGUGUAGCCUCGGCUCUGGUCCUAUCAUUUCUUUUACAUGUAUUUAUUUUCUCUUUUCUUGUUUAUGAUUUUUCAUUUUGCUCAAAAUUACCCAUCUUAUACUGUGACUUGACUUGACUUUACCGACGGUAUGAAUGAGUGACGAGAAACUAACACACUUCAGCUUAACAUGACACACAAACAUGAACAUGGAAAAAAGAAUACAUACAGGAAACGGAAACAAUAUUAAAAAAAAUGUAAAGAAAAUAUAUUGAAUUUAAAAUUGUUCAGUGGAAAUACUGUGCAAAACAAAUAAAGUUAUGUUUCAACCCUUUAA